AUGGAUACUGCUGAUUACGAAACUAAUGCUCUAGUGGUUAAUAACAUCUCUUCCAUUGCUUACGCCUUCUACGAACUCAAUUCGCCGCCCGCCGACUUCCUCGGACACGGAGCCCUUGACUUGGAAGGCACCCUGCGGAAAGAUGGUUACCUGGCGCAUAUAGAUACCGCCCGGCGCGGCAUCUGGUGCUUUCACUUGCGUAGGAGAGAUGCACACCAGCAACAAGAGGCCAGAGGCUUCGCCAAGUCGAUCGAGUCUUAUGGAUACAGCCUCUCAAUGGUCGAGGAAGGCACAUAUGAGCCCUCUGCACUCCUCAAGAACAAAGGCAGCGCAGGACUGAAUGCAGCCAACACCCCAAGCAGCUCUUCUUCGAGCUCAUCGAACCCCUUGGAUGCCGCAUUCAGGGCUCACCCACCUCCGGCUCUCCCUGGCACUGUCCUUGAUCAAGAUGCCAAGACAUUGGCUCUUGCGGACCCGAGAACCCCCACCACCACAACUGUCAAAGAGGCACAUGAAUAUCUCAUAUCCGCCGCCCUCUCUGCUCUACUGUCAGCAUUUUGUGCUAAGCUAGGGGCUACUCCGUUGAACGCGCGCACCAUCCUUCUCCCGCAACAAAUACAGGGCCAAAACGGCCUUCCCAUACCCAUCUUGGCUUCGUUACGAGUAUAUUUAACAACCACCGGUGCCCUUGUCUCACUUCUGAGUCUAACCCCAGUCGAAGGCCUCAUCUCGCUGUCCGACAGUCCCUUACCACCCUUGCUAGGCAUCACUGUAUUGGCAGCUCCUUUGGGCAUGUUUGCAACAUGUCAGGCUAUCACUGAGAACGAACAGUCUUCAAGCCACAGUGUGCUGGCACAAUCACCCGACACCCAGGUGUCGCGUGUACGCCCGGAGAAGGAGAAUGGACAUUGGCGGGCCAUCUGUACAAAGCUGCUAAGGGCUAAAAAUCUGCCAUACCCCAUCAGUGGCACUCAGAAGUGGCUCAGUCUACAGCGUGUGAGAAGGAAACCCGUUGAGCAUGGCUAUGAUGGAAAAAGAACUCCCAUGGUCAACAAUCUGUCACCUAGCAUGUCGUGGCCCUCGAGUCUUUGCUUUUGCAAGUCGUUCUCGAAGUUGACCGUCAAUAAUGGCCAUGUUGAACCAUCUGCGCACACCCCAAAUGCCUCUUUUGACCCACUCAUAAACGCCAAAUCAUGGUUCCUCGGCCUAGGCGAACGCGAAGAGGCCUUGGCCAAGAAGAAGCAGGAAAGAGAAGCUGCCGUUGCUGCCGCCGCCGCCGCCGCUCGGCAGCUAGGCCCAAACGCGCAGCCACAGCCAAAUAGCGCCUUGUCCCCCAUAGCAUUACACAGACCCAGCAACGCCGGUCUACCUGCGGGGGCUAUGUAUCCUACACCACCCGACGGCGUGCAGACCAUGGUUGGUUUUACGCCUUCAAUGGAUGGGGGGCCCAUGUCUAGCCCCGGCCACCAUAUCGGCACAACCGCCGUGGCUGAUGCUGACACCAACAUAACUGCGGCGGGAGAAGCAUUUCAAGAUGGCUGGGAGAAUACGGAGGUCAAAAGAGAGCGUGGCAACAGCUCGUUCGAGUCUGAAAAUCUGUUCGGAGACCUUGGACCAGACAUGUUCGGCGAUAAUGACAUCACCGAUGCUGAUUUCAGUUUCUUUGACGAGCAACCGGGUGGCAUGGACCUAACACUUGACGUUAUGGAUAUGACCAAUACCAAUAGUCUUCUUGACAUGGCUCAAAAUUUCCACAAUGCGACGGUACCCGUAGCCAAAACCGAACCGAUUGAGCCACCACCGCCUUCAUCAGCACCUCCAGCACCAGUGUUUGCCAAGCCGGAGUUGAAGGAUGCGAGAAGCUCUUUGAACGAGCAGCCUAGACGGUAUACAGAACCUCAGGUCGAUCGGCAAAGCUCCAUACCGACGAAGCGACAAGCUAGCCCCUUUACCCCGGACACUGUUUUUAAACGCAUUAGAGCCUCGAUCGACAGCCAUAACACAGCACAUCAGAAGCAGAGUUCCAAAUCAUCGCAGCCAGGAAGCAUAUUCGACAAAGUCAACUUCGGCCCUAGCCUUUCCGUGGUCAAUCGCAAAUACCAAGGCACCGGUCGCUUCAGUUUCUCCCUUGGCCGAGACGAAGAAUCAAAGCCUUUUAGUUUUAAUGCACCACCAACAACAGAUUAUCUGCAGCGUCACGGGAAAGGACGAAGAUUUCCGAAAGACCCUCCGGCAAAUGUCGGCGAGCUAUUUGCCCGGGUGACCAACCGCCAGGGCUCAGCCUCACAACACCCAAGCCCCACGAGAUUCGACGAUCCAGCGUCAGAUGCCGAUGAAGUCAGUCUUAUGUCUGACCAAGAUGACUCAAGUUAUGAAAGUGAUGAGCCCUCAUCACCUUUCAAGACGGGGAGUUUGAGGCGAAGACGAGUGGAUGAUGACGAGCAGUCGCUAGCUACCUCGCUUAGAGAACUAGAGUAUCUAGAUGCUACAUCUCCCAACUUGUCGGUGGAUCUGCCUAGAUUCUCCAAAUCGGAUGUCGACCUACCACUGACGAGGUAUUUUGCCGACGCUGAACCCAUGACUGCACCGAUAUCCCUUUCUGAUCAUGACUUUAUUAUUGCCGCACAAGUUUUGACAGAGCAAGCUUGCGUAAGCACCCUGGGUUUCAACGCUGAAUCCACAAUAUCUCUUCAAUCAAAAUCAGAUCAGCGACGUGAGCUGUUGUCCAUCACAAAUCUUGCGAUGGAAGAGCUCCGAUCUGUUCUGCCUAAUUGGUUCGGGGAUUGCAAUGAACUCUCCUUUAGGCCCUUCCUCGAGAUUCCAGAUGUACCUUUGCUGGGCCAGCCAACUCGAAUGCAGCCUCGACCUCCGGGCGCUGAGCAACUGAAACCAAGUAAUCUGUUUCAAGUUCCUUCGCCUCGCUUCGAAAUGCGACGGUAUGAUUCUAAACUAUCAGUUUUGCCAUCAGCGGUGACAUUUUGGGAGAGUUUGGGGCUGGGCCCAUCGAAUGGCGCGAAAGACAUCAACGCAGUCUGCAUAUACCCUCACAAUGAGGGACUGUCCGAUGAUUCGAGUUCUUUCUUGGAAAAAAUGCAAGGUGCUUACGAGUCGUUAAGAUUAGGCUCUUUCGACCGAAUGUCUGCAUCACCAGACGUCCCCGGUGGGCUGCUUUCAUAUGAGGUGGAGAAGUCUGGCCAGGACCUUUUUUCUUCUUCAAUUCUGGGAACCUCGCUUCUGAGCGGUUUGACAAAACUCAGUGAUGUGUUGUCACAUCUCACAGUCAAGGAGACGAAUUUUGUGAUAUUUUUUGUCUACUCCAACAAGGUAUCAGGAUCAGCUGUGGAAUCAUGUUAUGCGUUCCACCAACUCUUUGACAGGUACAAGAAGCUGCUUUUUAGCAGCAGAAAAAAGGUUGAAAACGAAAUAGUGUUACAGCUAAUCCCCAUGGACUUCGUUGCCUCGACAGACUCUCUGCCCACUCCGACGCCUGUUGACUACGCUAAAUUGGCAGUUGAGACUUACGAUCGCUGCACUCUCUUCGGCGGUCCGAUGCCUGCUCCUGCGAUUGUCCUUGAACAAACAAUACCGCGCAUGAUAGAUUUUAAGUUAUCAACAGCGCCUUCUGCUUCACUUCUUCACGAAAACACAUGUCUACAUAUAGCAUACGCGCAAAGUGUGGACGAUCGAUGGAUCACUGCCGCUUGGACCGACAACCGUGGUAGUCAGCAGAUCACAGCGUCAUAUUGCCUAGGCCGAAAAGGCAAAGCUAUCUGCACUCCAUUCAGCGAUGUGGCCCAGGAGAUAUGGGCAACAACGCUUGAGAUGAUCAAUACAUGGAAGGUACACUGGAGGGUCAUUAUAACCAAAUGCGGUAUCAUGGAACCAGUAGAGGUCGAGUUAUGGUCCAGCUUAGCACAAGCCGAGUCAAAAGCCAAUAUCACCUUAACAUUGAUGACAGUCGACACGGAUCCGUCUUUGCAGCUUCUACCACCUGAAAUCAAAAUAUCCAGCAAUGCGCCCGCCAUCUUUUACACUACACCAGUCUCGACUCCACAAGCAUCUAUGGUCUCGCCGGAACAGUCAGGCAACCCACCGACACCUUCUUUACGUGAUGCAACAAGUGCGCCAACGCCAGGUGGACCUGGGGAUACCGCUCCAGAAUCAGACGCAGAAGCGACCCUGACUGAUAUCACGGAUCAAACCUGGGGCGCCAUUCAAGCGCAUCGUUUGAAUAACUCUAGCUCGCUCCUGGAUCUCAAUCCAGCCAUUGUAAGCGGGUACCUAGUGAAGAAAGGCGGUGCUAAGAUCGAUGAUCCACCAGCCGUCAUGGAAGUCAACGUCGUCCACAAUGAGGGCAACCCCAGGGCAUAUGAGACGCUACUGCGGGAGAUGCUCGCCUACUUCCGCGGGUUGGGCACACUAGCGCGUGCUCGAGGUAUUACUGAUAAAGAGACAGAUGUUCGACCUUGGCAUAUCGCUGCGGCGGAGAAUGGUGCCAGAGCUUUAUACAUGCUCAUGUGA